AUGGUAAUGACACUGCUGAGGCGUUAUUACUGGCUUUUCGAGGCCAAUGCAGAGUCACGGGUGGAGGAAGUGAUUGAUGACGUGCAUCUGACGCCAACGGUUGGAGCUGACGCAGGUUCCUCUCUAGAUUUCAUAUAUCUAAAGGCGCUUCUCGAACGUCUCUGCUGCACCCUUACUGAGGUCAUGGCCAACGCAAUCAGCAUUUGCGAUCCUUUUGAAGGGGCCAAGGACCACCAAGGACCUCCAACUGGCGAAAUGGAAGCACUCGAGCAAACCCUAUUCGCUCCCAUCACAAGAUUGAACACAGCGGAGUGUAAUUUUGAGCAUCCACCUGAGGUCAGAGGCUUGCUGACCACACUGGAUCCUACGCCAUGCAGACUUGAUGCGCCGCCAUCACCCAUCCAAACCACUCCACUUCCUCAGCAAGGCACACCACCUCCCAUUUCUGCCCUCACUGUUACCACUUCCUACUGCCUACAUUUUACGACGCUCACCUACUUCUCGUCCCUUUCCUGCCUACGCUUUAAGCCGGCCUACUGCUCCACAUCAGUAACAUUUCCUUCCCCGCCUAUUGCAUUGUUUACGGGUCAAGUAAGGCGAUAUGCAGGGGUGCGAUUAGGUGUGUGGUAUGUGAUAUCCAACCCCUUCCCUUCCUUCGCUGCCUCAUGA